ACAUGGUGAUAUCGCUUUGUGGUUUUAUUGACAUCUACUUGAUGAUGAAUGAUAUCGAGCAUCUUUCAUGUGCUUAUUGUCCAUUUGUAUAUAUUCUUUUCUGAAGUGUCUGGUCAAAAAUUUUUUGCCCAUGUUUAAUCAUUAUGUUACCUUUUGCUCUAGUCAGAAUUUUUCUACUAUUUAAGUUGAAUAGGAGCUAAAUUUUCUGGUUCACCAAAUUAGGCUUCAUUUAAACUUCCUUUUUAAUCUCAAAUUGGCAGUAAAACUAGCUGAUCAUUGGUGACUCUAGAUUGCUGUCAGACUUGUUUCUGUUAAAGAAAGGAACUACAUGGGUUAUACUGCCUCAUAAUUUUUGGAAAUAAAGCAUAUCACCAAAAAUAUCUAAGGCAUUAUCUUCUCAUACUAAGUACAUUUUCUGCUGUAUUUGUAAUGCAGGAUUUGAGGUGGGGGACAGAAAGAGAAAUAGUAGUUGUACUGCCCCAUUCCCAAAAAAAACAAGCAAAGAUUAGCAUAUCUGCUUGAAAUUUCUUCUGAAACUUUUCUCUACAUAAAUCCCUACCCACUCUGAGCUUUCACUUCCAUUUCCCUCUUAACUCUCCCACGAGCUCUUUAAUAGAGAACAAAUCAGAAGACAUUCUAGAAUGUCUUUUCCACCAAUCAGAAAUAAUGAAAUAAAAUCCAAUUCCCUAUGCAGAAGACACAGAACUCUGUUCCCUCAUCUUUUCUCAUGCCCUAUACCUAAGAGUAGUUUUGUCUCAUAGCUGGAUUUCUAAUUUCCAGCAUUCCCAAACCAUUUUACAAUUUUAUUUUUAAGUCUUACAAUACUGUUGUCUGAGAAUCCCUUGUCAAGCUAAUGAAGCAUUCAAAGAAGACUUAUGACUCUUUUCAAGAUGAACUUGAAGAUUAUAUCAAAGUGCAGAAAGCCAGAGGCUUAGAGCCAAAGACUUGUUUCAGGAAGAUGAGAGAGGAUUAUUUGGAAACCUAUGGGUACAAAGAAGAGGUCGACUCUAGACCCAGGUGUAGAAUGUUUGAGCAAAGACUCCCAUAUGGAACCGUCCAAACCUACCCAAGAUCAUGCAGUAUUUCACAAAGAGUGGAAAAGCAGUUACCUCAGUGGCUACCAGCUCAUGACAGCAGGCUGAGACUAGACUCCCUGAGCUGCUCUCAGGUCACCAGGGACUGUUUCUCAGGAAAGCCUGUACCCCCGAACCUGAGUCAGCACGAGUCUAACUGUAGCGCAUACAGUGUAGAAUCUGGAGUUUACAGGUACCUCUCCUCAGAAAAUAGUACCAGUGCCCAUCAGGCUAGUUAUAAACACAUACACCAGAAGAGGAAAAGGCACACAGAGGAAGGCAGAGAAAAGCCAGAGGAGGAGCGGCCCAAGCAUAAGAGGAAAAAAGCUUAUGGGGAAAUAGAUUUAGACAAAUACAAGAGCAUCCAAACAAGCAAAACGGAGGCAGAAACAGUCAGAGUCAGUACAGAAAAGCUUAAGAACCGGAAGGAGAAAAAGAGCCGAGAUGUAGCCUCUAAGAAAGAGGAACGUAAGCGCAGAAAAGAGAAAAAGGAACAAGGCCAAGAAAGGACAGAGGAGGAAAUGCUUUGGGACCAGUCUAUCCUUGGAUUUUGAAGCUCUUGCGUUGGUUCCCCCAGGGUUAUACUAAAUAGUUGAGAAGCUUGGUUUUACAGUGUUCAUGUUCAAAUCCCUCUUCUCACAUGAGCAGGUACAAAGGCUAAGAGAACAGGAAACAGAGUACGCUUGCUAUCCAACAUGGAAAUAUUUUUUCUCAUUUUCUAAAAUCAUUACUACAUUUUUCUUAUACAUAAUGUAAUUUCCCUUAACGAGAGUGGCUCUGCUUUUAUUCAUCUGGUUGCUGUGAUGGUGGAAGUAUUUUUCCCUUGGGAGGUCAUUUAUAUUUAAGUAGGAUUAAUAGGCUUAACAGAAUCUAUUUCUUGAUUGGGUUUUAGUUUGGGGUGGGUAUUUUUAUAUUCAUUAGUUUUCUCUGUGAAGCAAUUUAGAUAGAUAUUUUCUUCUGUUAGAUCUAACUUGCAGUAUAUUUUCUAGAUUGAAAAGUGGAAAAUGACAUACAUUAUAAUAAGCUUAAGUUACAUACAGUUUUAAAAAAGAGUCUUGAUACAAAAUCAGUUUAUAUUCUGGAAAUGUUUAUAAUAAAGUUCUAAUUUCUACAUUU